AUGAACAUCCAGAAUCACAAGCCCUGUUCCCAGGGCAAGCAAGAUAUAUCCACCCUUGUCAACACCACGGAGUACUGCGAAAAAUUACAGGAAUGGAUGUGGCAGUACUACUACAGUUAUAUGAACUGGCAGAGCUGGAUAGCCAUGUCUGCGUUUACCUUCCCACCGUGUUUCCCAUCACAAGGAGCAAAUGAAACGCCCGGAGCGACAGAUAUGUCUGAUGGACACCUUCGCUACUGGUUUAGCAAUGCGUUUGCCUUUCCUGUACCACCUCUUUCUGCUGCGGCUGCAGGUCAAUCUGGGGACGCAAGCAGCAGUUCUCGAGCUACAGCCACAGCACCUGCGCAGCUGCAACAGCAAAAUAGGAAUGCCCAACAGCCAGGUCGGGAAUAUGCCAUCCCCUCUCCUCUGCAACGGUUCUUGGCAGAAAUGGUGGAUUUCUUUAUUCUUUUCUUCAUUAAAGCAACAAUUAUCCUCAGUAUUGUCCACUUGAGUGGAAUGAAGGACAUCUCAAAGUUUGCCAUGCAUUUCAUUGUAGAGGAGAUAGAUGAGGACACAUCCAUGGAGGAAUUACAGAAGAUGAUGCUUGUAGCUCUAAUGUACAGGAUAUUAGUUUGUGUAUAUGAGAUCAUAUGUGUUUGGGGAGCUGGUGGGGCAACACCAGGAAAGUUCCUCAUUGGCUUACGAGUUGUCACAUGUGACAGCUCUGUCCUGGUGCAGCCCAAUCGAGUUCUUGUGGUACCAGCGAAUAACGUCACCCUUUCUGCGUCAACAGUGAGAGCUUUAAACAAGAACUUCUCCAUUGCUUUCUUCUUUCCGGCAUUCAUCACACUUCUUUUCUUUCAGCACAAUAGGACUGUUUAUGACAUUGUGGCUGGAACCAUUGUGGUCAGAAUAAACAGGCUUAGAUGAAUUUGUCAUUGGUGUCAUUAUCAACCCAACAUUGUAAUGCAAAAAAACAAGCGUAUAGAGAUGGGAGAGAGAACCGGCUAAAGUGUCAUUGAAGUGAUACAUUGAACUGAACUAAAGCUAUUUGGCCUCUAGGAGAUCUUUUGCUUCAACAGCAGAAAAUGGUACUUCCAGUAUUUAUCACCCAUCUCUUCUGGACAGUCUUAUAAGCAUUAAUUGCUUUUUAGAAGUAUUUUUGAAUGAAUCUGUUGACAUCUUUGAAUAUUUUUUCUUGUGCCAAAGUAAGAUAAUUUAUAAAUGAGCUGCCUCGCAGUAUUUUAACUUCCUCUGGUACAAAUAUUUUCCUCUAAUUUCUUUUGUGUGUGGGCUAUUGAUUGGAACAUAUACUUAGGACAUUUUAUGUUUGACAAAUGACAUUUCGGAAGGAAUUAACAUUUCUCCUAGUGCUAAUAAGUAUGGUCAUUGAUUCUAAUCUACUGACUGUAUUUUUAUUUCAGAUUAUUGUUUUGUACCUAAUUAUUACUCUAUUGUAUUAAAAUGCCAGAUAGUGUUUUUUUUUAUUAUUUUUUUUUAUUUGUACAACAGUGCUGUUUUGCAUACUGUAAUUUUCAGUGCAUGCCUUUUUCAGCUCUGUGUAAUGCACUAUCCUGAGCUUAAUCAGCUCAGAACUUUUUUUCUUCUUCUUUUAAUUAGAAUUGCCUCAUUAUUUUCAGAAUUUCUUGGUCAAAUGGCCAAAUCAGAAGAAUUCAGUUAUGUCCCAGAGAAAGCUUUCUGUGUUGUCUCUGUUUAUGGAUUGACUAUUUAUACCAAUAACAAUUAGGGAGUUAUACUCUUUAGAAUAGACAACACAUUUUGUACAGGGAUGGACAAAAUAAUUAAAGUGUUAGAAACAUAGAAUUCAACUUUGAUUUCAGAGUUACAUGCAAAGGCAAGUUGCUUUAGGUUCACUUCCAGAAAGCAGUAGGCCAGGCCUAUUCAGCUGUUGGCCCGAUUGAAAUUUCCAGUGGCCUGUGUGAAGUUGUCAGUUGUCUUAAGGGCUGUUCAUACCAAACAUGUUUUGUGUCUGUGCGCGCUGUCUUUCAAUUGUUUUCUUGUGUAAGACGGACAUUGCACCAUGUCUCGCUGUCUUUACAUUGUCUCGUGCAGGAGCGCCGCUCUUUUUAGAUGCUUGCAGAGGUUUUCAUUUUGACGGAAUGGGAAGAUUAAACUAAAAUCAUGAACAAAGUGAGUUCUAAAAAAACAGAAAAGUUCUAUUCAUUCAUUUGGUCAAGAAAACAUUCUAUUUUAAAAGUAAAACAUUUAAUAAUUGCAUCUAUACUAACUUUUAUUAUUUUAUAAAAUGUUUAGUAUCAGUCUGUUUUACUCUCUGCUAUGGACCAAUUUUGAAAGCACUUUUUGAUGUUUAUUUUAUUUACUUAUUUUCAGAUUCUUUUUGCUGGAUUUUUUUUAAUUUUUGUAUCUCAUGAGAUCUAUGAGCUUUAUAUGUGUGAAUUUUCAAAGUCACAUGAGGCAACUAACAGUUCCAAAGUGACUAAAGAGUUAUUAAAUAAAUGGGAAAUGCUGCUGGAAAAUAAUGACAUUGUAAUAAAACUUUCUGCGCUGCUAGUGUCAUUAAAUGGAAUUGCACAAAUGAUUAUGCCCCCCCUCUCAUCUUCUAUUGGUUUUGUAAACAGUUCCACCCCAAGCCUACACCAUUGGUCGAGCCAAUGUGGGCUGGACAGGCUGCUUGAACAAACAGCAAUGUUUUGUUAGAACCAUGAUGUUACUUUUAGGUGAAAUCAACCUUUAAAAGAUACAGGUGCAUCUCAAUAAAUUAGAAUGUCGUGGAAAAGUUCAUUUAUUUCAGUAAUUCAACUCAAAUUGUGAAACUCGUGUAUUAAAUAAAUUAAAUGCACACAG